GAAGAGCAGCGGGGAGCCGCGGAGAGCCAGUCACUCGUCUGCGGCGGCGGAGCAGCUAGGCUAAGUCUCGCUAUGCUUUCCUUUACGGUGUGAAAUGAAGAAAAUAUGGGGGCCAAAGAAUCAAGGAUUGGUUUCCUCUCUUAUGACGAGGCGAUUAAGAGAGUGACUGAUGUCGAGCUCAAACGGCUGAGGGAUGCAUUCAGGAGGACCUGUGGACUGUCCUGCUACAUGAGUCAGCAAUGCUUCUACAAGGAAGUGCUGGGGGACAUGGUUCCUCUGAAUAUCUCAGAGGUAAUCUACAGUUCAUUUGGUGGCACAUUAAAAGGCCUGCACUUCAACAACCUUAUCGUUGGCUUAGUGCUGCUGACCAGAGGACGUGAUGAAGAAAAGGCAAGAUAUAUUUUCAGCCUUUUUGCCAGUGAAUCAGGCAGCUAUGCUACACGUGAAGACAUUGAAUCCAUGCUGCAGGCUGUGGAUGGAGAGGUGCAUCCCUCCCUCAGGAAGUGCUUUACAGAGGCUGAGAAGGUCAAUUAUGAGAAGUUUAAGAGCUGGUUGCUCCAGAACAAGGAUGCUUUCACCUUCUCCCGCUGGCUCCUGUCGAGCGGGGUGUGUGUGACUCUAACCGAUGACAGCGACACACCCACCUUCUACCAGACCUUAGCUGGGGUCACUCACUUAGAAGAAUCGGACAUCAUUGACCUGGAGAAGCGGUACUGGUUAUUAAAAGCUCAGUCAAGAACUGGACGCUUUGACUUGGAAACGUUUAUCCCAUUGGUAUCUCCUCCUAUUCACCCAUCUAUAAGCGAGGGUUUAUUCCAUGCUUUUGAUGAGAACAGAGACAAUCACAUAGACUUCAAAGAGAUCUCCUGCGGGUUGUCAGCAUGCUGUAGAGGACCUCUGGCUGAGAGACAGAAGUUUUGUUUUAAAGUGUUUGAUGUUGACCGUGAUGGAGUUUUGUGCCAAGAAGAAAUCCAGGAAAUGGUCAGUGCACUACUGGAAGUAUGGAGGGACAAUCGUACGGACUCUAUCCCUGAGUUGGAGUCAAGUGUGUCUGAUAUUGUUGAAGACAUUCUUAGAAUACAUGACACUACCAAGAAAGGACAUCUGACGCUUGAAGACUAUCAGAUAUGGAGUGUGCAAAGUGUGCUCGCUGCAGAAUUCCUUAACCUCCUUUUUCAGGUAUGUCACAUUGUUCUUGGACUGCGACCUGCCACUCCAGAGGAGGAAGGACAGAUCAUCAGAGGCUGGUUAGAGAGGGAGAGCCGGCAUGGCCUCCAGCCUGGAGACUACUGGUUCCUCAUCUCCACACAGUGGUGGCAGCAGUGGAAGGAUUAUGUGAAAUAUGACAGCAAGGCUAUAGUGGUGGAACAGCCAUCAGUAUUUGCUGCUGGCAGAAGUCCUACCUCAUCAGCUGGGGUGGAACAGAAUGGCCAGGGGGAGAGCUUGACCAGUUCACACUCUUCCUCUGAAGAGAAGUUCUCUGACAACAUCUCCAGUGCGUCUGAGGCAUCUGAGUCCACAAGUAGCAGUGUUCUCCCAUCCGGCACGACUGCUACCGAUAUCUGCUUCUCUCGACAUGCAGACUCAGAGGCAGACAGUCAGAGCUUCCUGGGGGCAGAUGGGAAUGUGACGGCCCUCAGGCCUGGUGCUAUAGACAACCAGCCGCUGGUUACCUCAGAGCCUCUCAAGGCUCCUACGUUGACAAUGGAAGGGGGUCUGCUGAGACGCUCUCCAAACCUACAUCUGGGCCAAGACUUUGAGGUUGUUCCUGAGCCAGUCUGGAGGGCUCUCUACCACUGGUAUGGAGCAAACCUCAGCCUUCCAAGGCCGGUGAUCAGGACCAGAGAUCUGGAGAAUGCAGAAUUAGAACUAUUUCCCAGACAUCUGCUCUUCUUGAGACAACAGCCUCCAGCCCGCACACCUCAGUCUAAUGGCUGGAUCAACAUGGGUAACAUGCCGUCUCCCAGUGCCCCUCUAAAGCGGGUGCUGGUCUACACUGGGUGCUUCAGCAGAGUGGGCACUAUUAAAGACAUUCACGAUUACCUGUCACAGAGACUCCGUAUUAAAGAAGAGGAUAUGAGACUCUGGCUCUACAUCAACGAGAAUUAUUUGACUCUUCUUGACGAUGAGGAUCAUUCACUGGAGGCCCUUAAAAUCCCAGAUGAACAGUAUAUGGUUAUUGAAGUGCGCAACAAAGACAUGAGCUGGCCAGAGGAGAUGUCAUUCCUGGCCAACAGCAGCCGAAUAAAUCGAUAUAAAGUUCCCACUGAGAAAGGAGCCACGGGACUCAGUAACCUUGGCAACACGUGCUUCAUGAACUCUAGUAUCCAGUGUGUGAGCAACACUAAACCACUCACUGACUACUUCCUGUCUGGAUCCCACCUCUAUGAACUGAACAGAACUAAUCCUAUCGGGAUGCGUGGUCACAUGGCAAAAUGCUACGGUGAUCUGAUCCAAGAACUGUGGAGUGGUACUCAGAAAAGUAUCGCUCCACUGAAACUCAGGUGGACUAUAGCGAAGUAUGCUCCACGGUUCGAUGGCUUCCAGCAGCAAGACUCUCAAGAACUGCUGGCCUUUCUGUUAGACGGCCUUCAUGAGGAUCUGAACCGUGUCCAUGACAAGCCGUAUGUGGAGCUGAAGGACAGCGAUGGCAGACCUGACUGGGAAGUUGCUUACGAGGCUUGGGAGAACCAUUUGAGAAGAAAUCGCUCCAUUGUGGUGGAUCUUUUCCACGGUCAGCUCAGGUCCCAGGUCAAGUGUAAAACCUGUGGGCAUGUAAGUGCACGCUUCGACCCAUUCAACUUCCUCUCUCUUCCCCUGCCCAUGGACAACUCCAUGCACCUCGAGAUCAUAGUUAUAAGGCUAGAUGGCUCUACACCGGUGCGAUAUGGACUCAGACUCAAUGUGGAUGAGAAAUACUCCGGACUCAAGAGUCUACUUAGUGAGCUGUGCCAUCUGAAAGCAGAGCAGCUCUUACUGGUGGAGAUCCAUCUGUCCUGCAUUAAGAAUUUUCCAUUAGAUCAUCAGAAAGUACGCCGUGCAGUGAGUGGCUUCCUGUGUGCAUUUGAAAUCCCACUGCCUGCAUCCCCCUCAUCCAAUCUUGAAAUCACAUCUCCGAAAGAAGCGGGCGUAGGAGCCUUUCCAGUGGUAGCAAAUGGAACCAGUCCUCCAGUCUCCAGCGGUACAUCCCUGAGGCUCGAUAUAAUUCCCAAAGGCAUGCCAAAUACCGUGGUACCCUGUAGUACAGAUGGUAGCCCUGCCAACGGCCUCCCUAAUGGCCACAUUAUGACACCCCCCACCGGCCCCUUCACUGGAUACAUCAUUGCCAUCCACAGGAAAAUGAUGCGCGCCGAGUUAUACUUCCUCUCAUCUCAGAAAAACAGGCCCAGUCUGUUCGGCAUGCCACUGAUUGUUCCCUGCACAGCAGAAACUCGUUGCAGAGACUUGUACAACACUGUGUGGACACAAGUGUCCCGGCUGGCCAGUCCUCUACCUCCUCAGGAGUCAAGCAACCAUGCUCAAGACUGUGAUGACAGUAUGGGCUACCAGUAUCCAUUCACGCUGCGUGUAGUACAAGGAGACGGGAACUCUUGUGCAUGGUGUCCAUGGUACAGAUUCUGCAGAGGCUGUGCCAUAGAAUGUAAUGAUGACAGGGCUGCAUUGGGCAGUGUUUGUAUAGCAGUUGACUGGGACCCCACUGCUUUGCACCUACGCUAUCAGACAUCACAAGAGAGGCUGGUGGAGGAGCAUGUGAGUGUGGAACUGAGUCGUCGUGCGCAAGCAGAGCCCAUCAGUCUGGACAGCUGCCUGAGAGCCUUCACCACUGAGGAAGAACUGGGGGAAAAUGAACUGUACUACUGCUCCAAGUGCAAGACCCACCGUCUGGCCACCAAGAAACUGGACAUCUGGAGACUUCCACCAAUACUGAUUGUACACUUGAAGCGGUUCCAGUUUGUCAACGGACGGUGGAUUAAAUCUCAGAAAAUCGUGCGUUUCCCCCGGGAUAACUUUGAUCCCAGUGCGUUUUUGACUCCUCGGGAAGCAGACCACAGCCAGCAGGGGUGGAGAAGCUGUUUGGGAGAAGAUCUGUCGGAACAGGAGCACGGGCCAAACUCUGGAGCAGGAGAGCCUCCUUCAAACUCAACAUUAAGUAGCUUAAAAGACUCUCCAGGCUCUGGGCGAUUGUUGUCUUCCUCCCUCAGCAGAGGCGGCAGCCCCACCAGCAGCCCCAAAGUAGAUGGCCGAAAGCAGGGGCCGAAGCAGGCGUCUCACCUGGACUCCAGGCUGCAGCUGUCCCUCAGUAAAGAAAGCCUGGACAGUGGCAGGGAAAGCCCUCUGGAGCUGGAGCCCUGCAGCAGCACUAAGCCCGAGGCCCAGACUGAGGCUGAAGCCACAGGCCUGGACUCAGCACUGGGCGAGGACACGAGCAGAGACUUUGAUAACGGCACGUCUGUUUCUGAGCUGGAGAGCAACGGCUGCACUGAGGACAGCAUGGACCUGGAGGCCUCACAGGACCAAAGAGAAAGGAUCUGCCUGGAGCCAGUCUAUGACCUGUAUGCAAUAUCAUGUCACUCAGGGAUACUUGGAGGAGGCCAUUAUGUCACGUAUGCCAAAAACCCCAAUGACAAAUGGUACUGUUACAAUGACAGCAGCUGCAAGGAGGUGAAUCCAGAGGAGAUUGACACGGACUCGGCGUACAUCCUCUUCUAUGAGCAGCAGGGAGUGGACUACUCUCUGUUCAUGCCAAAGACUGAUGGGAAAAAGAUGGCUGACACCAGCAGCAUGGAUGAGGAUUUUGAAACGGACUACAAGAAGUACUGCGUUCUUCAGUGAUGCUCUUCAGCGCUCUUGUCACUGUCUGAGAUAUCAACACUCAAAAAGAUGAAGUCUCUCAGAUUGAGAGGAGCUUUUUUUGUUUGUUUUUGUUCUCCCUUUGUUUUUAUUUCCUGUUUUAGCCAAACUGUGGUACUGUCCAGUUAUUUCAGGCUUGCAACAUCGGACAAUUCACGAAAGCGUCUGUUCUCCUGACCCUGUCUUGUUUGUUUGUUUGUUUGUUUGUUUGUUUUGUUUAAUUUUUUUGUGUUAAUCUGUUGCGAUUUUAUGUACAGAGUAAAUUAGUAAGUGCCGGUCACAUACUGUACGAACCAUAUGUGACAAAUGAUAGUCAUUAACAUCAACAGUGUGCGUAUGGGUAAGAUGCGAUUGGUACUAAAUCUAUUUAUUAUUGUUUAGAAUCUUUUAAAUAAUUUGUGGCAUCGAUUGUGCUAACAUCUUUUUUUUUUUUUUUUUUUUUUUUUUUUUUUUUUUUUUUUUGAGUUUCUUUUUUAAGCUAUCCUGAUCUUGGGUAUUUUGUUAUGUAGAUUACAUACAUCUGAUCAUUAUAAAUAUUUCUUUGUAAAGAAAAGUGGAGGGUUGCAAGCAUUUUAUCUUGUGUUUAUAAGAUGUUAAAAAGUACUGGAUGCACUUUUAUGCUUUAAGUUGCUGUCAUUUUUCCGGUCUCAUUCUGCAAUGUUGCACAUUUUGGCUACUUGUUGUAUUAUUAUUGUUAUUAUUUUGUAUUAUUAUUUUUUUAAUCCACACGUUGAAUGUCAUUCCACGCUUGUUUACAGAGUGUGUCAUUGAAGCAUAUGACACAACCAUUCUGCUUAUUUUUUUUGUCUGUGAUUCAAGCAGGUUUCUCUGUGCCAACAAGUCCUGUAGUACAGUUUGUGCCAUUGUACCGUCAUCGAUGUCUUCGCUCAGGAUACCCGAAUUGUAAAUUGCGUCAGCAUGUCACAGAGGAAGUGUCUGAGCACUUUAUUUAUUCAUAUAGAACGCAAAAGAAAAGAAAAAUGAAUUCCUGUGUGAAGGGAUGACCUCUCUUCCGCUUUUCAGCGAUCUGUGGCUAAACAUGAAGCAUUUUACAGCGUGGACCUGUAUAAUUGUGCUGUAAUAUUAAUGUUAAUAUGUUAAUCUUCUCUGCUCCAAGAGAAGUCAGUCAGAGAGCAGUGAGUGAAGCAAGGACAAUGAGUUUUUUUUUAUCUUGCUACAUUGUGCCACUAUAUGACAUAUUUAACAUGAAGAAGUUGGAUUAGUCAAUCUUGUCUAAAUAGUAUUAAAUAUUACCCAAAUGUGGAACCCCAGCCCUGUUCUAGUGAGUUCUUCUCUGUGUCUCUAAUCGUCUUCUGUUGUGUUAUGUUGAGUGGUAAUCUGGACUUGGCUAGUUAUGCUAAUUGGUAAUCAGUGACUUUACCUGUAACGCUCUGUAACAGUUCACGAUUAUUCUCUUUUGGAUCUCUGCUGAGCGCCACAGUAGUCCUCUUAUCAGGUCUCUCUUUUUGUUAUGUUAAUUUACUACUGAAAUGGUCUUUUUUAUAUUUAGUGUAAUCUUUUUUUUGUUCAUUUGUUUGCAUUAAACUGUUUAAUGUAAUUCAUCGUA